AUGUGUCAUGGACAUCCUCGCCAUCACCCUUGCUCCCACACCUCGGUCAACUGGCAUUAUUGCCCAGCGGCUAUCAUUGACCUCGACACUGGCAUCGAGACACCAUGUUCGCACUUGAGCUACGCCGCAGCCCAGCCAUCAAAUACGGACUGUGCGCUACAAAACUGCCACUACAAGGCCAUGGGCGGAAGCUGGUCAUGCUGCCAGUGUCAACAAACAUCCAACAAGCUUGGGUGGUGCACCAACAUCAUCUGGAAGGCGUCGGACGACCCUGUCGACGUCCCGAGAGCGGCGUAUCGACAGGAGCCUUGUGCUCAUGGGUGUUGCGAGAGAUGCAGCAGAUCCAUGCUCGAGAACAUCGUCUUCGUCUACGAGCGCGAGCAGCGUCGAGUCAUCACACUACGAGGAGCUUGA